AUGGCUCCCUCAGCAAUACCUCCAGAGACCACCACGGCUCUUGAUCACCUCCCGGUAAAUGUGUCCAACGAGACCAAUGGCCAGAACGGCAAGAUAAAUGAACAUCAGCUUAAGAAUGUUGAAACGACAAGUCUGGUUCUCCGGACCUUCAGGUGCCUCAUCGCGGACCUGUGCGAACAGUUCAAGGGAGGCCAUCCAGGUAGUGCAAUGGGGAUGGCGGCCAUUGGCGUGGCGCUGUGGAAGUAUGUAAUGCGCUACUCGCCAGAGAACCCAAACUUCUUCAACCGGGACCGGUUCGUGCUUUCAAACGGCCACACGUGCCUAUGGCAGUACACGUUCAUGCACCUGGUCGGCUACAGGAACAUGACAUUCGACCAGCUAAAGUCAUAUCACUCGACGCGGACGGACUCCAUAUGCCCCGGCCACCCCGAGAUCGAGCACGAGGGCAUCGAGGUGACCACCGGACCGCUGGGCCAGGGUAUCGCCAACGCGGUUGGUCUCGCCAUGGCAACCAAGCACUUGGCGGCCACCUACAAUAAGCCGGGGUUUGAUGUCGUCAGCAACACGACCUGGUGUAUGGUUGGCGACGCAUGUCUGCAGGAAGGUGUUGCGCUCGAAGCCAUCUCGCUUGCGGGUCACUGGAGGCUCGACAACCUCAUCGUCAUCUACGACAACAACCAAAUUACCUGCGACGGCUCCGUCGACCUGGCCAACACAGAGGACGUCAACGCCAAGAUGGCUGCCUCGGGCUGGGAGGUGCUCGAGGUAGCCGACGGGAACAACGAUGUCGAGGCCAUUGUCGCAGCCCUGGUCGCGGCUCGUUCGAGCACCAGUGGCAAGCCCGUCUUCGUCAACAUCAAGACUACCAUUGGUGUGGGCAGCAAGGUUGCCGGUGACGCAAAGGCACAUGGCGCUGCCUUUGGCGCUGAGGAGGUUGCCAACAUCAAGAGGGCCGCGGACUUCGACCCGGAGAAGUCUUUCGUCGUCUCGGAAACCAUCUACGACUUCUUUCGAGAGGUCAAAGCCCGCGGCCGCGAGCUCGAGAGGGAGUGGGAGGAACUAGUGGCGGAUUACGGCGAAGAGUAUCCGGACUUGGCGUCCGAGUUUGCGCUGCGCGUAAAGGGAGAGUUUACAGAAGACUGGGCUAGUAUCAUCCCGGCGAAGGGAGACUUCCCCACGGUGCCUACACCGUCGAGAAAGUCGGCUGGCUUGGUAUGCAAUCGAUUGGCAGCCAAGUUGAAGACCUUCAUGGUCGGUACUGCGGACCUGUCGCCGUCGGUCAACAUGAUCUGGAAGGACAAGACUGAUUUCCAGCAUCCUGACCUCCGCCCAGCGUGUGGUAUCACUGGUGAUUACACUGGUCGCUAUAUCCACUGGGGUAUCAGGGAACACGCCAUGGCGGCGAUAUCCAACGGUCUCGCUGCCUUUAACAAGGGCACAAUUCUGCCCGUCACGUCGUCGUUCUUCAUGUUUUACCUGUACGCAGCACCCGCAGUCCGCAUGGGAGCCUUGCAGCAGCUACGCACCAUCCACAUCGCGACCCACGACAGCAUUGGGACAGGCGAGGACGGGCCUACGCACCAGCCAAUUGAACUAGCGGCCCUCUACCGCGCCAUGCCCAACCUGCUCUACAUCCGGCCCGCCGACAGCGAGGAGACGGCGGGCGCCUUCAUCGCUGCCCUCUCCGCGCCCGACACGCCAAGCAUCAUCUCCCUCUCGAGACAGAACCUCACGCAGUACCCGGAAUACUCGCGACGAGACGGCGUAACUAAGGGCGCCUACGUGUUUAUCGAGCAAGCAGACGCGGACGUGACGCUGAUCGGCGUCGGCUCGGAGAUGGGCUUCGCCGUGCGCGCGCGCGACGUCCUGCGCGAUAAGUAUGGCCUUAGGGCUCGCGUCGUUAGCUUCCCCUGCCAGCGGCUCUUUGAAAAGCAGCCGCGCGAGUACAAGGCCGCGGUCCUGGGGUACCGCACAAGGAUCCCGCGUGUGGUGAUCGAGGCAUACGCGGUCAACGGGUGGGAGCGGUAUGUCGACGCGGGGUACUCGAUGAGUUCGUUCGGGCACUCACUGCCUGGUGCUGCGGCGUACAAGUAUUUUGGAUAUGACGAGGAACUCAUCGCAGAGCGUAUCAGUGGGUUUGUGAGCGUGGUCAAGAGCGAGGGGAUGGAGAGCAUCCGCGGAGAGUUCAGGGAUUUGAAUGUAAACGACCAUUGA